UCGUCCUUUUUUACGAGGAUUUUUGGUGGUCACCCUACUCGGACACUACAAUAUCGGUUAGACACCAAUGAUUUGGCGGACACCGAUUGGAUCGUACACUCGGACGAAGAAACAGUGAUGACUGAGCAGUCCGUUCGGGAAAUUGUUAACUUUGUGGCCGAUGGCCGACACGACUUCGGUCAGGGGCUCAUCACUUACGCCGACCAACAGGUGGUGAACGCAUGGACUACGCUUAUGGAUACGCGUAGGAUUGCAAUGGAUUUGGGAGUGUACAGGUUUCAAAUGAAAUAUUUUAAUUGCGCAUCAUUCGGUUGGAAAGGCUCAUUUAUGAUGUGUCGAGUGAAGGCCGAGAUGGACAUAUCGUUUGACAACGGAUUGGACGGUUCGGUCCUGGGUUGCCUGGAUUAUAUUGAACAGCGCACUCGUUGGUUUCAAGGGGUUUGGCUGGUUAUUCAUGUAACAAAAAUACCAUAUUUGAUUAAACUUCCCAUGGUGAUGUCAUUUUACAGCUAUAUGACCAAGCCACUGCACGUUUUGUUGGCAAUUCUUGUUUCAGUCAAUAAUUAUAUGUUUAUUUUUGGCGCGUAUAAGGGAUUUGAUGUCACGAAACUCGGUGUCAAACGGUAUGUGAUGUAUAUGUUUGUCACACUUUUGGCAAUACCUAUGAGUUUCUGCGCAGACAUAAUAAUUGUAAUCAACGUUUUGACAACUAAUAAGUAUAAGUUUUAUAUAGUUGAUAAACAUCUAUAA